UUUAAAAUAGGUUUAUAUACAAGGUAUAAGCCCUAUCUCAGUAAAGACAAGGAUAUCUUAAAAAGGAUAUUCAAGGGCAUGCAAACAGAUCAACCAAGUGAAGUACAGAAUACUCUUCUAAGGCACUAUCUUUUAGAACUUACUCAGAGUUUUAUGAUUCCUUUGGAGAGGUACAUGGCUAGUUUGAUGCCUCUUUUGAAGAAUAUAUCGCCUCACAAGGACACACCUGUUCCUCGGCCCUUUAAUCCUGAUGAUUUUAUAAAAUCAAUAGAACAGGCAGGACCUCAGUUGACAAGUGGAAUUAAAGGGAACUGGAGUGGUUUGUAUAGGCGCUUUUUCCGUAGUGCCAAUUUUGCCGGUUGGUAUAAUACAAGGUACAAAGAAGUUGUUCAUAAGCUACAAGGUUUGCAUAUACAAGCCAUCUCAGAUGCUAACAUGCUUGAGUGGAUUCAAGAUAAACAAGAAGUUGAGGUUGUUGAUCUUGUUUUAAGGUUGCGGAAUAAAUUGGUUGCAGCUGAAAGCGGCAAUUUUUCUCUGCCUGAUAAAACAAUUGAUAAGCUUCAGUCCCAUGUAAAUAACAUUAUUAAGACGUUACCAGAAGACUUGCAGAAUGUUUUAAAAUGACUCAUUUUUGUAAUCCAGUGUUUAUUUUAAUUUUAUUUAUUCUGUCAUUAAUCAUAAAAUGAUCAUAUUGACAAUUUUGUUUUAUAGAUUUCUGAAUUUUGUACAUAGUGUCAUUUAGCUCUCGUUUUACUUUUUAUUAUGUUAUUUAUUGUACUACUUUUUUAUUGUUUACCAUUGUUCUGUUAAUGAAAAUUGCCAAAUGAUCAUUUAGUUUUGGUCAUGGAACCAUUCUUAUCUAAGUAUAUCUAUUAUAUGUUUUUCUUAUCUAUUUAAAUAUACGAGGGGUGGUCCAAAAAAAGUUUACAAGGCAAAUGAAAAAGUAUUUAUUAACAAUAGAAGCAAGAUACAAAUGGAAAUCAAGAGACACAUCUGGCCUUCACUUUUCCACAUAGUCACCAAACCUGUUUAGGCAUUUGUCAAAACGUUCGACCAACUUGUUUAUCCCGUUUUGGUAGUAACCAGGGCCCUGCUCAUUAAGCCAUUUCUCGGCAGCUGUUUUCACUGCAUCGUCUGAGGUGAACCGUGUUCCGGAUAAGUAUCGCUUCAACGCCGGAUAAAUGAAAUAGUCACUUGGAGCCAUCACUUUACCGGCAGAGGUGUGACCUUAAAUUUCUUCCUUGUCGGUAAUCCAGCAUGUUUCCACUCCAUUGUGGCUCUUUUGGAUGUGGGGGUGAAGUAAUGAAGCCCUGUUUCAUCACCGGUAACGAUGCGAUCAAUGAAGUGUUGGCCAUCUGAAUGGUAUCGCUGAAGAAAUGUGAGGCUGCACAUCAUUCGAGUGGCCUUAUGCUCCGCGGACAACUCACGUGGAACCUAGCGGGCACAAACUUUGGAAUAUCGCAAUUCAUCGGUUACGAUACACUGAACGUUACCAUAACUCAGGUUCAACUCUGAGGCAAUCUCACGCACGGUUACACGUCGAUCCCUUUGGAUGAUAUCUUUAACCACGUGCCCUGUUGAUAUCCGUCCUUGAAGAACUUGGAUGGCUGCUCGCUUCCAUAUUGCGGUUUUCCACAUGCUCCCUGCCCACUUGAUAAGAACGACGCCAUUUCGCUACCUGUUGUCUACUCAUUGCUUUGUCCCCGUAUACCUCAACAAUUUGUCUGGGAAUUUCGGAUGCGGCCACAUUCUUGGCCCAUAAGAAUCGAAUUGCGGCUCGCCACCUCUAUGCGAGACCACUUUUCUAGACGCCGUGCCAUUACUGUCGCUCUUAAGUGUCUGCGUAAUGACGCUACUUACUCGUAGAACCGCUGUAGGACAACUAGCGCCAUCUGUCAACCACCCUGGGUGGAAAUAUUCACUCCACAAUUAUUACGUUUCAAAUGCUUCUGCUUGUAAACUUUUUUUGGAUCAACCUACGUAUAUAUGCAAAGUUAUAAGUUUUAUUUAUUUUUAGGAGCUGUGCCGUUUUUUUAGGUCCACCGAAUAUUACUUGAAUGCAUUGGCAUAUCAAAAAAAGUGUUUGUAAAAGUAAUUUUUUUGGUAAAUAUAUUGCAUGAAUUGCAUUUUGGAGGGGGGGAGUAAAUAGUUAUUAAAAUGUGAUGAAACCUUCCAAGGUAACUAAUUUUGAUCUUUGGUGAAGGUGACUGCCUUAGAGAACAUGACUGAUGUUGAUACUCAGUACCAAUGUUUGUUUAUAUUCUCAUAAAUACUGGUCACUUUUAGAAGGAUUGCUAUGAGAGUUUUCAAUGUCUUAUUGUAUACGUUUCUAAACUUAUGCAUGUGUUAACGUAAUUAUGGUUUUCUAAUUUUCUAUUGAUACCAGUUAUAGAGCAAAUAGAUAACUAUAAAGUUUGUGUGUUUAACUUUCAUUUUAAGGUGUAAUUUUCAGUUCACAAUGAGUGACUUAUGCCUACUUUGAAAAAAAUUUUAGUGCUUUCUGACUUUACCCGUACAAAUUAUUGUCAACAUCAUAAAUUAAUAAAAAGCAUUUGUUUGGCUAUCUUUAUGGCUCAUAGGUACUGUUCUAUUCAUAAAUAAUAAUAAAAAGAAGCAUUUUAUUCUAAAUGAGAAAAUUUACAAGGAGGGAUAAAUCUAUUUGGCAGAUAAAAAGUGCUUAUUAGCAAAAUGAGAAUUAAGUAUAAAACAUAUGAAUUCACAUUACACACACGUUGCAUGUGUUUGGAUUGGCUGUUGCUGUGUAUGUACUUGAAAAUGCACCAAAAAUGUAGCAGUUUUAUUGAAUGUUCAAGUGGGGGUCUGAAUAAUCAAAAAGUACCAAAAUCCCCUCCCCUUAAUUGAAAGUAAGCCAAAAUUUUAAGGCCAUUUCUUUAUUACUUAUAUCUGAAUUCUGGUCGCAGUGCAAAGCUGUCUGAAAAUCUGACCAUGUGUAAGAUAUAUAUUUUUUUUUUUUUUUUUUUUUGCUAAGUUAUGUUGCUUGUUUCACAAUUAAAUCUCUUCUGAAAUCAUUACGACUGAAACUAGUCAUCAUUAUUUAAAACAAUUAUGUGAAAACAGUACAUAGGUGUUAGGAGUACUCACUGUUUGCAUAGCUGCCAACCUCCUGAUUUUAGCGAGAUGCUCUCAGUGUUUCGUCAUUUAUCUCGUAAUAGAUCAUCAACUCUUCUAGUUUAUAAUGUUUAGCCUUUACUUACGAAAGUGUCUGCCUCCAAUAAAUGAGUAAAAUUUAAAUAGUGAUAAUUUCAUUUGCCCACGUCCUAAUGAUUUGCAGCUUAAUUUUCCUUAUAAAAUUUGUUUUUAUCACAAUUGUCUUAUGUACUGUAGUUUCUUGCAGAAUUUUACGUGAAGAUUCAACAAAUAUUUAAUCACUUAACCUGCAUACUUUUUUUGUCAAAAUAGGUUAAAAAAUUACAUAUUUUGUAUUACAUAUUUCAAAUCUUUAAUAUAUUUUAGAGUUAAAAUAUCUUAUUU